GCUCCAUCUUCCCCUUGAUCGUUGGAGAGAGCGCGCGUCAGAAUUCAACAGCUGCACUGUGAGGACUCGCCAAGUAGAACAAAUAUGAUUCACAUCCAAACAAUUGAAUAGGUGAGCUGGCCCACCAGCAGCAAAACGCGUUUGUGUGUGAAAUGAAGAAGCAACUCACCCAGUCUGCUUCGCUCCCCACUGAACUCAGUCGCUCGUAGUAUCAGUGUCAUUAAUAAUCCGGAAAUUCACAGUUGGUAGGUAUUGUUUGGUGAGUUUCAACAGUUUGGUCGAAGUCGAGACAACAGAAAAAGUGUUAAGUUUGCUAACGUUAGUGUCACUAGAAUGCGAUUGACUCUGCGUGGGAGUUCGUGUUUUAACGUUAGCGUAUCGUUAAAUUACGUUACUUUAUCGGGGUUAAGUUUUGAAACUGGCGUUUAAAGAAAUCAAUGAGCAACGACGUAAGUACACAAGGUUCCUAAUAAUCUGGACAGGGUGUACAGCGUUGUUGUUCCACCUUCAGAGGACAAUGCCGACUCACUCGCUGCCACCGUUUGUGGAGAGCCCGGAUGGACUUGCCCAAGAUAUUCUUAUUAGUAACAACGCAAGCAUCCCAGGAGCCGGCUCUAGCAUGACACCACACACCAGCUACUCAGAAAAGGCUGUGUUGCAAUCUGAAGGAAGCGUACCGCUGUCUUGUAUGUUCUGUGAUCAGAAUUUCACUCAUCAGGACGAGCUAGGACCCCAUGUGUUAACGCAGCACCCCACCACUUUCUCCGAGCCAGCCGUGCUUAGAGUUGAAGCGGAGUUCAGGAUCCCAGGAGAGAGACCCCGGCCCAAACCCAGCAGCCUCCCUAUCGAAAAAGAGGAGGUCACCAGCUGUAUUGUGUGUGGGCAGGUGUCGCAGGAUGCGAGUGAGCUGGAGACCCACAUGAGGAAGCACAAGGACUACUUUACUUACUGCUGUAAUGUCUGCGGACGGCGGUUUAGAGAGCCGUGGUUCCUAAAGAACCACAUGAAGAUGCAUGUGAAACCAGGAGCAAAGAGCAAGGCCCAGCAAGACCUGGAGACCCCCGUCACGGUCAAUGGUAUCGUCCAAGACCCUGCUUCAGAACCUGUAGUCACCGUUUACAAAAUGUGCAUGGUUUGUGGGUUUUUCUUCCCCGACCAUGACAGUUUGGCUGAACAUAGCAAAGUACACAAUCGAGAGGUGGAGCCCGGCAAAGAUACAGACGAGGAGAAAAUGGAAGGCACUACUGAAUCUCUUGCCAAACAGGAAACAUUUCUUCACAGUCUAAACCUCACGCCUUGCUCUUCGGGAGAUAGUUUGCAACGUGAGAGAUCAUCAAAAUGGAUUCCCCAGCUGGACCCCUUCAACACAUAUCAGGCGUGGCAACUUGCUACAAAGGGCAAGGUAGCAGUUGGUCCUAAUAAUAUAAAAGAUAUUGGCCAGGAAGCCAGCACAGACAAUGAAGAAUGUGGCUCCGAUAAGGAGGAGCUGAAUAAUAUUUGGUCUGAGGGACAGGGAGACAAGGCUACGAAAGAGGUCCUUGGGAGAGAGCUCCGGUCUCAGCCGCAGACUGUAGCAGAGAACGCAGCACCGCAGCGGCGGUCUCUGAUGCAAAAAAAUAAGGACAAAGAAAGGCCAACCACCUGCGAGGAAUGUCAGAGAACCUUCAGGACCUACCACCAGUUAGUUCUCCACUCCAGGGUCCACAAGCGCGAGAGAGGCGGCGAAGACAGUCCAACUAACUUUGUUGAUGGGAAGUUGUCGAGUGCAGGCUCACUUGAGCAUGCAGAGGAAGGCUGUGAGGAGGGCUUCGAGGAAGCAGCAAUGGCAGAAAACCUGGGACCAGGUGAAGAUGGUUUUGAUCGCUCAAAAGUCCGAUCAAAAGGAUGCAGUUACUGUGGCAAAUCCUUCCGAUCAAGCUAUUACCUCACAGUUCAUCUGAGGACUCACACAGGUGAAAAACCCUUCAAGUGUGCUUACUGCGACUACGCUGCAGCCCAGAAGACUUCACUGAAAUAUCACCUGGAUCGGCGUCACAAGGACAAACCUUACGUGGACAUUCCCAGCAGACCCGUGCCUUUAGUGCCCUCUCCUAACGAUACAAAACAUGGAAAUGACAAUGAAAAUCCCGCUCCGACUAGAUCCAAACUCUGGGUUACUGUGGCCAGACCGUGCACCACCGGAACGCCAGAGGACAGAUUUGAUGGCAUAGGUAGCAAGCACGGCAAACCACUCGUCCAGAUGAAUGCCGAGUAUGAGAAAUUAAUUGCUAACUCUGCCUACUCCCCGACUGAUGAUGUGGUCGUAAAGUGCCCCGUGCCUGUUAACCUGAAGAUGGAAAGGGAGGCGAUAAAAGACGAGAACUCUGAGGGCCCAUUAAAUCUGUCCUUAAAAGUGUCUCUCUCCAUCCCUGCCAGUGCAGAACCCAGAAAUGCAUUAAUUCCAAUUGCCUGUCCAUUUUGUGCAUAUAAAACCAUGUACCCAGAGGUUCUGACGAUACACAAAAAGCUCACUCAUAAAGAGAAGUCAGACAGUACGAAAAAGAAUGGAUUCGGCAGUUUAAAACAAAAACGUUUUACAGGUUGCCCCCCUGCGCUCGAUGGGAAAGAUGUCCCCCCGCUUCCAGCGAUUGACCGGCGCCACCCUCGUCGAACCAAGUCCCCACCCCCUCAACCUGCAAAGCCGCAAGAAAAGACACCCAUUAACCCACCUAAUGCUCCGCAGCGCUCCCCUGUCCAUGCGCCCGUACACGAUGUUGUCCAGGAGACCCAGCGUUGCACAGUUAACACUGACCCGCACCCCAGUCAGGAAUCGUCCCGGUACACAGAGCUCAUGAGGAAGUCCAACACAGGCAGCAAGUAUGCCAUGGAGCGACCAGCCCCCCCAGACAGAGUGGGGAUUGGGGAGAGGAGUUACCCAGCGAGAAGCGGUGUCAUUUGGCACUCGGAUGCUGCCAGGCUGUGCCUGUCGAGCAGAUUCGGGAGCCUCGGCCAGAUGGAUUUCGGUGAACCCUCCAGCAAGCGAUUAAAGUAUAUGCUACCUCCAGGCAGGGAAGCCGACAGCGGCGAGAAACCUGGCUUUAGAGGACCGGCGGGGAACGUGUCCAACAGGCUGCUUCUCUCAGGGAGAAGUGUGAAAGCCCCGUCACAAAUGUCGGGUCCGUCCACAGGCUCUGAGACCUUGGGCUCUUUGAAGACUCCAUCUACAGCUAUUGGAGGAGGCUUGGACACCGAGUGGAGCAUGAUGAACCUCCUGCGCUCCUACACCCCCAAUGACCUGGCAUCUCUCUAUCACAGCACAGCAGCCAACCCCAGUCACGGAGGACUGGCCAACCCCAGAGCAGGGGGCAGAACUGUGCUGUACCAACACUUACCCACUCUGCCCAACCUUCAGAGGAGAGACCCGUCGGGCCCUUUCCCUAAUCCUCAACGCUAUGGGACCACUGACAAAAGUACCUAAAGUGGCACCAAGAUUUGAACUGUACGGCUCCCUUAUUUUGGAGUAGUUCUUGGGAAGGUGUCUAGGCUCCACUAAUUUAACAAAUUUUUUUUUUUUUUUUUGAAAUAGAAGAAAAUUGUGUUGCAUAAACAUUUCAUGGCUUUAGUGUACUUUUUUUUUUCUUCUUUUUUUCUGUUUUUUUUUUUUUUUUUUUUUUGAAUGGAAAAAGUGCAGGUUAUCUCUCUUCGAAGAUGUUAUUCCACUGGUGGGCACUGUGGAAUUUAGUUCCCAUUAAAAAAAACAAAACAAAAAAAAACAAACAAAAGAUAACUGUUGCUUAAUCCAUUUUUGACCCACACUAAUGUUGAGAUACCUGCAAGUGUUUGUGACAGAACAGUAAACGUUGUAUGUGGGAUAACAUAAAAUAUAUCUAAUGAGCUUUCAGUACAUAAAAAAAAAAAAAAAAUAUAUAUAUAUAUAUAAAGUAAAAACAAGAAACAUAAUGUGUAUGAAAAAUUGCUGCUCUAUUCACUAACUUUAUGGUCCAGGCAGUAAUUAAGCACUAUUCUAUUUUUUUUUUUUCUUCUUCCUUUUCCAAGGCACUGAAGGGUGGGAUGUUCUGUUUAAUAACUUGAUGGCUUCGGCCCAGUGGUUCACAAACAGGCCACAGUAACCAGUCGCGUGUAUGUUGAAGUGGUCUACCUCAUGUUGUGCUCUCAACACUGUUACGUUUGUAAAGCUGCUGCAGCUACCGGGUCAGCUGAGCCUCUGUACCUAGCGGUCUAUCGACUAGAGACGCGUCUCGAGUUGUAGUAUAACUAGAUGGACGAGAUUUCCGGGGCCAUUUUUCAGGCACCGCGUCAAACUCAUCCAGUGAUACAGAACAACUGCUCCUUGAGGCCGUAUCGACCUAUGGCCCAUGAUUAACUGUAACGACGUGGGCUGUGGAGUUGUUUGAUUAGCUUGGCGUUUACACGCUCACUUUUAAAUCGGAACAGAUUUCGUGGUUAUUAUUUGUCCUUUUUGAAAUCAAAUGGCUAUCAUCUGCUUUAGCGGUGCCUCAAAUCCAUAAGCUGUAAAAUGUACCAACCUUUAAGAGUUCUGUUUUGCGCAUCAAAUGGUCUGCACAUUUAGUCCCUGUGCAGGCUAUGCCGAGUCUGGAAAGUGUUAUUUUGUUUCAGGUGGCAGCAGUCAGUCCUGGCUGGUCAUCAGGUGGUCUUUUAGAUGUCAUAUGACGGUGUAGUUUGGGGGGGGAAAAAAAUACAGAAGCAGCUAUGUUUAAUGGCUCGAUUAAUUACACACUGAACAAUAAGUCUCAGGUUAACUCAUUUACGAGCUAUUUAGUCUGUUGUAUAAUUUAGCAUAUUUGCCACUUUGAAUGGCUUCGGGUUAAGUUAUUGCUUUCUUUCUUUCUGAUUGGUAUUCACAUUACAUGUGUACUUAUGUAAAAAAUGAAAAUAUUGUUUGAGAUUUGUAUGACACAUUUCAAUAAUAAAAGUGAGGCGAAAAGCUG